AUGUCUGAAAAUAUCGUUAUCGAAUCACUUCGUGGGCUUUGUCUAACAUAUCCCUCCUUAAGAUUGAUUGAGAAGGAAAAAAGUAAGGCUGAUAUUGAUGAAAUUAGACAAAAACAAGUCACCAUAAUUUCCGGGGGUGGAGCUGGUCAUGAACCUGCACAUGCAGCAUAUGUUGGGUCUCAAAUGCUUUCAGCCGCUGUCUCUGGAAAUGUCUUCGCUUCACCUUCAGUGACCGCAAUUCUAGCUGGAAUUCGCAGGGUUCAAUCGCCUCAUGGUACAUUAUUGAUCGUAAAAAAUUACACCGGUGACUGCUUAAACUUUGGUUUGGCGGCUGAACGAGCAAAAAGCGAAGGUAUUAAGGUUGACAUGAUCAUUGUGGGUGAUGAUGUUAGCAUCGGUAGGAACAGUGCUGUUGGUCGACGGGGUUUGGCAGGGACAGUUUUGGUGCAUAAGGCUGCAGGAGCUGUGGCUGCGGCAGGUGGAACACUUGAAGAAACAAAAUCAGUAGCUAAUUUAGUGGCUGAAAAUAUCGGUACAAUUGGUGUCGCUUUUGAUCAUUCUAAAAUUCCUGGUUCAUCACAUGGUCCUACAUUGCCUAAAGGCAUCAUUGAGUUGGGCAUGGGUAUCCAUGGAGAACCGGGUUUUCAAAAAAUUCCACUUCCGCCUUCCCGUGAUCUCGUUCAUAAAAUGAUAGAUACAAUAAUAAAUAUUGAUGAUCCUGAAAGAUCUUAUUUAGAUAUUCAUCCGGAGAAAAAUUCGAUUGUUUUACUUGUUAAUAAUCUUGGUGGUCUUUCUACAUGUGAAUUAUUCCGCUAUAGUUACGAAGCAGCGUUAUAUUUAGAACAAAGGAAGUUCCAUAUUUCAAGAUUAUAUACAGGAACAUUUAUGACAUCAUUUAACAUGCCAGGUUUCUCAUUGACUAUACUCAAGUUACCAGAAGAUCAAAACAUAAUACAAAUGUUGGAUCAGCAUGUGGAAACUGCAGGUUGGAUUAAUCGAGUGCAUCUCGAUUGUUCUAGCUUAGACACUAAAUUAGACGAAAAGGUUUCCAAUUCAAGCAUAAAGAAAUCUGAUGAUAAAUUUCCCCAGACUAUUCUUUGUGAUCCCAAACUUUUUGAAUCAACUCUGAAAUCUGUAUGUAAUGCGAUUAUUCUGGCUGAACCUGAUAUCACCCAUUAUGAUACAGUUGCUGGAGAUGAUAUUAUAAAAGCUUUGGAAGAAUGCCAAAUUAUUACGCAUGAUCCUGUUGAAGCAUCUGUGCAAAUUGGCAAUAUUUUAGAAAAACAAGGGGGAACAAUCGGUUGUCUAUUUUGUAUCUUUUUAUAUGCACUCGCAAAUAGUUUGAGACAGGCUACAAAUUAUCAGCUUAGUGAAGACAAUCAAAAAUUCAUUAAUGCAAAGUGCUGGGCAGAAGCAUUGAAGAAUGCAUUGGCAACACUUGAAAAUUAUACACCUGCUAGAAUUGGCGACCGUACAAUGAUGGAUGUAUUAAUUCCGUUUAUCAACACUUUUUCAAGCAAUUUGGAUUCCGAAGAUAGUGUCUUAAAAGCUUUAAAGUCUGCAGUAGAUUCGGCUAAAGAUAGUGUGGAGUCUACUAAAUUUUUAAAGCCCAAAUUUGGUAGAUCAACCUAUAUUUCUUAUGAUGAUAUCAAGGAUUCUGGUAUUCCUGAUCCUGGUGCUUAUGUUAUGUAUCAGAUUGUUAAAAGUAUUUAUGAUAAUUUACAACUUAAAUUAUAA